UACAAAUGAAAGUUGCUGCCACGGCAAUUUCUUAAAAAUUGCUGUGGAUCCUCAUCCAGCCAUAUCAUCCCCACCAGGUAGCAUUUCUCUGGAGAGUCCCUCGUACCUCAUAUUUCUCUCUCUCUCGCGCGUGUAUACCAUAUACGUUUUGUGGUGUUUCCAAUCGUGGAGAGAAUAUCAUUUCACAAUUGGUCUUGCAGAAUUUGGUUCCUCCUUUUCCCUUGCUGAGUUUCCUGACUCAUCCAAUACAAUCAUAGAGCCACGUUGGUACUGGUCCCCAACCAUUCUUGUAUCCAGAAUUUGACACUAUGCCCAAAUUCCUUUGAAUAAUUAUCUGAAAACCUUGUAAAGUUUUCUAUCCCAUAGAAUUUCCUGUAGCGAUAUCAUAACUAAAUGUCACUCAUAUUCCCCUCAUCUUCUGUAGUUCCCUCCUCUUGUUUAAACCAAUUGAAGGUUUAUAGUUUGAAAUCCAAGGGAAGUGCUUCUCUAAAUCCAUGCUUUCCUCUCGUUCAAUACAAAGUUCCAUGGAGUAUAACCCAAGAUAAAUAUCCAGUUUCCAAAAGCAAACCCCAUAGAAUCUUAACGUCUACUGCAAGAGAUUGCAUACGAACUAAUAAUCAGUCCACCGAAGAGAAGGAUGUAUCUUUUGAUGGGGGAGAUCAAGGACAAGAAGAGAUUGAAAGAGAAUUCCAUGACAACAGAGAUGCAAGUGUGGUUACAUAUAGUGAAUGGCUGACACAGCAUCCAUCUGCGUUACACACUUUUGAACAAAUGAUGAAGAUAGCUAAGGGAAAACAAAUAGUUGUAUUUUUGGAUUAUGAUGGAACUCUCUCGCCAAUUGUUAAUGAUCCUGAGAAAGCUUUCAUGACUGAUGAAAUGCGCUCAGCAGUGCAUGAAGUUGCUGAAUGUUUCCCCACUGCAAUUGUCACCGGAAGGUCUAGGGAUAAGGCAAUUGAAUUUGUAAAACUAAAGGAUCUGUGCUAUGCUGGAAGUCAUGGGAUGCAUAUAUCAAUCCCACCAGGAUUCUUAAAAAAAUAUGCAGAGCUUGAGGAUCAAACUCACAUUGCUGAUGAACAGGGUUUUAUCAACUUCUAUGUUGCAAAGAAAUUCUUAUGUAAGCUAAAGAAGAUAAAGGAGAAACUACAAGAAAAGACCAGAGGCAUCAAAGGAGCCAUGGUUGAGGACAAUAAGUUCUGCAUCUCUGUACACUUCCGAUGUGUAGAUGAGGAGAAUGUUGAGAAUGUUAAGAAGAUAGUAGACUCUGUCAUCAAAUCUUAUCCAAGCUUUCGCGCGGGAGGGGGUAAAAAGGUUAUGGAAGUACGCCCAAAUAUUGAGUGGAACAAAGGUCAUGCGUUGGACUAUUUACUAAAAACUGUGUUUGGUACCCGAAAUGACGAUGUCCUCCCAUUAUAUGUAGGAGAUGACGCAACGGAUGAGGAUGCCUUUAAGUUUAUAAAGGAAGUUGGAAGGGGGUUUCCCAUCGUCGUGUCUUCCACACCAAAAAUGACGGACGCUUCAUUCUCUUUACGUGAUACAAUAGAGGUCAUGAAUUUCUUGACAAAGCUUACCGGGUGGAGAAGAAUCUCUUCUUCCGACUAAUUAAUCUAGCAGAGCAAUCUUAGUUUUGCCUAGCAUCAAUCUGCUUCAAUCUUUAUGCACUGUUCAUCUCCAUCAAUUAUACAACGCCACUAUUGUCUAUUGCACUUGUUACAUAGAAAACUUGUAUAUAUAGUGGGUGGGUUGCUGGUCCUUUUCUUUUUAUUUUCAUUUCAAUUUUUGUCUUUGUAAUGUAUCAAAAAUACUAUCAAAGGAAAAAAUCAAUAAUACUUCUGCUGUAGAUUUGUUAGGAAAGUUACUUGGAUGUUUGUCAUGGUAAAUGAUUUUAUUUAUUUAUUUUUAUU